AUGGCUAGCCCUGCUGUACUCGCUUUCGAUGCUGAGGGCCGCCCACUGAAGUUUGACACCUGGCUAGAUGACUUGCACCUGUUCCUCCAGCUCACUGCCAAGGAGGACAUCUCGCUGUACGAUCACGCGCUAGGCAAUGCUGCUGCCCCUGCUGUUACUGCUGACAGUACUGCUCGCUCCCAGUGGCAGACUCGUGACGCCCACGCUUGCUUUGCUAUUCGCAACUCCCUGCCGGUAGAUGAGCGCGAGCACUUUGGCCAGCACAAAACUGCGCAGGCACUGUACACUGCUGUAGUUGCACGCUACUCCUCACCUGCCUCUGCUGCGCUAGGCCGUCUCUCGCUCCCCUACCUGUUCCCAGACCUGUCCGCUUUCGCCACAGUAGCUGACCUCACCACGCACCUCCGCACUAGUGAGGCUCGCUUCCGUGCCGCUAUGCCCGCUGAGUUUCUUGCCACCCACCCCCCCCCGCUCUGGCUCACUCUCUACCACCUUGUCACCCGUCUCCCUGACUCUCUUCGUGCGGUCAGGGACCACUUCCUCGCUCGCUGCCCCACUGAGCUCACCGUUGACCUGCUCGAGAAGGAACUGCUUGCAGCUGAGACUAGCAUAGUCGCUGUAGCUGCCUCUCGUGGCGACCCCCGCACCCCGUUCUUCGAGGGGUCGGGACUGCGUCUGCUCCGAGCUGGCGCCGCAGCGGCAAGGGCAAAGGGGGCAAGGGAGGUGGAGGUGACGGCGGGGGAGGUGGUGGUGGGGGCGGUGGCGGCGGUGGGGGUGGUGGCGGGGCUGGAGGAGCUAGUGGCAGCGGUGGGGGUGGAGGCGGCAGCAGCGGAGGAGGUGGCCGGGGUGGGGGCGGUGGUUGGGGAGGCGGUGGACGCGGAGGCGGCAGGGGCGGUGGUGGUCGAGGUGGUGGCGGCGGCGGUGGUGGUCGUGGACGCACUGGCGGUGGCCAGAGCCAGCAGCACACUCCGUCGUCCCAGGAGCUUCGUGAGUGGUACUCUCAGCACGGGGGGGGGGGGGGGUGGCCUUAGCUGCACGUACGUCAUCCGCACUGGUGACCGCACUGGCCAGACGUGUGGGAGGGCGCACACCGCGCAGCGCUGCUUCUCCCGCCUCGACGACGCUUGGCGCACUCAGUUCCCUGCUGCCACUGAGCUGCCCCGCUGGUUUGAUCUGAUCAAGAAGAACAUUGAUGUCUAUGCUCUUGACUUUGAUGCUAUUCUCACUGCCAUGUAUGUGUUGUCUACUAGUGGAGAGGGUGCUCAGUACCUGCGUGUUCCGCCCGACCCGAGCAUUCGGACCAGUGAGGCUGCCGCUCUAGGUGCUUGCGUGUCUGCUGCCCCAGGUGCUGGUGAGGCUGCUGCUCUAGGUGCUUGCGUGUCUGCUGCCCCAGGUGCUGGUGAGGCUGCUGCUCCAGGUGCUAGUGAGUAUGCGCCCCCUGGUACUGAGUCCACUGAGGCACUGCACUCCUUCACACUAGACUCAGGAGCUUCUCGCUGUUUCUUUCGUGACCGCACUGCCCUUGAGCAGCUUGCUCGGCCAGUUGCUGUCUCCCUUGCUGACCCCUCUGGGGGUCCGGUCAUUGCGACCUCCUCCACUAUCCUUCCUUGUCCUGCGGUUCCGUCAGGCACACUGUCAGGUCUCCACCUCCCCUCGUUCUCUACGAACUUGGUGGCAGGCUGUGCGCUCCAGGACGGGGGUGUCCACCAGUUCACCCCUGCCUACGAGCGCGUGACACACUGCACGUGUGCUCGGACGGGCCGUCACCUGGCUACCUUCACUAGGCAGCUGGGGUCGGACUUGUACACACUGACCACUGAGUACCCUCAGGUAGCUGCGUCUGCGUCUGCGUCAGGUCAGCUGUCUGCCCCCUGCUCGUGUCGCUCUCUGGCGCACGAGACUGUCCUCUGGCACCACCGCCUUGGUCACCCGUCAGUGCAGCGCCUUCGUGCCAUGCACAAACGGUACCUUGUCUCUGGUCUUCCCCGGGUACUCCCUCCCCUCCCACCCUCGCCUGCUCCUCCCUGUCUUCCUUGUGUCGAGGGGCGGCAGCGCGCCGCUCCUCACUCCUCCUCGUUUCCCCCGACGACUGCUCCCUUGCAGACGCUCCACAUGGACGUGUGGGGCCCAGCCCGCGUCCGUGGACAGGGUCAGGAAAGGUACUUCCUGAUCGUUGUUGACGACUACUCGCGCUACACCACGGUCUUCCCCUUGCGCACCAAGGGUGAGGUCCCUGAUGUUUUGAUCCCUUGGAUCCGCGCUUCUCGUCUCCAGCUCAGCGAGCGGUUCCGCUCGGACUUUCCGGUCCUGCGUCUGCACUCAGACAGAGGUGGGGAGUUCUCCUCCGACCUCUUGGCAGCCUACUGUGCGGAGCACGGCAUCCGCCAGUCGUUCACGCUUCCGGCCUCUCCACAGCAUAAUGGGGUUGCUGAGCGCCGCAUUGGCUUGGUCAUGGAGGUCGCUUGUACCUCCUUGAUCCAUGCGGCUGCCCCCCACUUUCUGUGGCCGUUUGCGGUCCGGUACGCUGCGCAUCAGCUCAACCUCUGGCCCCGUGUCUCCUUGCCGGAGACCUCGCCCACACUGCUGUGGACGGGGGAGGUUGGCGAUGCGUCGCGUUUCCGGGUCUGGGGAUCUCGAGCUUUUGUCCGCGAUACGUCCGCGGACAAGCUCUCCUCCCGCGCUGUUCCUUGUGUCUUCCUUGGCUUUGUCCUCGACGCGGCUGGUUGGCAGUUUUACAGCGCCACCUCGCGCCGUGUCCUGCCCUCUCAGGACGUCACUUUUGACGAGUCGGUGCCCUACUACCGCCUCUUCCCCUACCGCACUGCCCCGUUCCCCCCCCCGCCUCUCUUCCUUGCGCCAGGUGCCGCUGUGGUAGACCCCCUCCCCCCUCAGGGUGCCGCUCCCUCAGGUGUGUCCCAGGUAGACCCGGUUGAGCCUGUCGAGGUAGCUGUCGACUCUCCUGCUGGCGGUGCUGCUGGUACUGGUGCUACUGGAGCUGCUGGAGGUGCUGCUGCUGCUGGCGGUGCUGCUGGCGCUGCUGGAGGUGCUGCUGGUGCUGGUGCUGCUGGAGGUGCUGGUGCUGCUGACGCUGCUGGAGGUGCUGCUGGUGCUGGAGCUACUGGAGUUGCUAGAGGUGCUGCUGCUGCUAGCGGUGCUGCUGGCGCUGCUGGAGGUGCUGCUGGUGCUGGUGCUGCUGGAGGUGCUGGUGCUGCUGACGCUGCUGGAGGUGCUGCUGGUACUGGAGCUACUGGAGCUGCUGGAGGUGCUACUGCUGCUUGCGGUGCUGCUGGCACUACUGGAGGUGCUCGUACUGGAGCGCGUCCCUCUGCCGUCUCCUCCUGCGUCCUCUCUUCCUGA